AUGGCAGGAGAAGCAAUCUCAAGGUCCUUUCCACAAAACCCAACUCAGGAAUCCAACCCUCCGAUCAUCAAGAAGAAGAGAAACCAACCAGGAAAUCCAGAUCCUGAAGCAGAAGUCAUUGCCUUGUCUCCAAAGAGCCUCUUGGCCACAAACCGGUUCGUGUGUGAGAUAUGUGGCAAAGGCUUCCAGAGAGAUCAAAAUCUCCAGCUCCACCGCCGGGGCCACAACCUUCCAUGGAAGCUGAGGCAGAGAAGCAGCAAAGAGCCAAGGAAGAGGGUGUACGUGUGCCCAGAGAAGACCUGCAUCCACCACCAUCCGUCAAGGGCACUCGGCGACCUCACUGGCAUAAAGAAGCACUUCUGCCGCAAGCACGGCGAGAAGAAGUGGAAGUGCGAGAAGUGCUCGAAGCGGUAUGCGGUGCAGUCCGACUGGAAGGCCCACUCCAAGGCUUGUGGCACGAGGGAGUACCGUUGCGACUGUGGCACCAUCUUCUCUAGGAGGGACAGCUUCAUAACCCACUGGGCCUUCUGUGAUGCCUUGGCUGAAGAGACCGCACGAGUUUCUGCAGCAUCAAACAUCAGUAGCUUGACAUCGAGCACCAAUGCCAAUUAUGAAUUCACCGGGCGUUUAAUGAGAUCCAACAUGGUGCAGCAUUUCCCUGCUGUAUUUAAUCCUGCGACGGCCGCCGAAGGUCAAGCGGGCGAUCAUGCUAUGCCUGGACUUCCUCUCUGGAUGCGCCAUGGCGAGACCUUGAGCACAGAUAGUAGUCUCUCCAGUAUGCAUCAAAUUGGACCAGUGAAUAUUGAAAACCUGCACAGUGAUCCCUUCGCUUCAUGCUCGAGUAACCAGCAACUCGACUGCCAAUUGAGUUGGAUAUAUAGUAACAAUCUGGCCUGCUCAAGCUCUGGAGAGCUAACAAGCACCUUGCUACCCACUAGUUUGAAGGAAGCAGACCUUAUGAGCGUUCCUUCCUGGUAUAGCACUCGGCAUCAUCAGCACUCCAUGCCUGCAUCAGCCAUGUCCGCAACUGCAUUGCUGCAAGAAGCUGCUCAAAUUGGCGUGACUUCCUCUACUCCAUCAUUUUUUGGCGGCGUAGAGAUGAAGUGCCGCAGCACUCAAGUCCAAGAUGGUAGAGAAUACGAUGGAUUGCUCGAUCCAAGCCAUCCGAGCAUAGCCGCUAAGAUGGCAAGUAGUCUAGAGAACACUGCCAAUCCAUACAGUGAUAUGUACUCCACAAGGCAUCAGAUGGCUCAAAAAGAUGGUCGAGGAGGAGGAGCUACUAGGGAUUUCUUGGGCGUUGGGGUCCAAACCGUCUGCCCAUCGUCGAUUCAUGGAUGGAUUUGAGCCUAUCAGCGUUUACAACAACUCACGUACUUAUCCAUUGGAAGUGGAGAAGUGGAGAGAUUAUAUUGUGAGCAAACUUUGCAGGGAAGAAAAAGUGGCAUGAGUGCUUGAAGGAGUUGAGAAGACGUGCUUGGAGAGCCCAGUUUUAUUCAGCACUAAGUUUGAUCAUCAGCACUGUCAAGAGAUCGAUCCUUGCGUAUUCUUAUGAACCCCGAAAGGCACUCCUUUUAAGAUGCUCCUUUUGUUUUUGGAGAAAAGAAGAAAGGGUGGUGCUAGGGGGAAGCAAAGUGAAGUACCCUCCUUUUUAGCUUUGUUUCAUGGCAAUCUUGUUAUCUGUUCAAAUUGAAGUUUAGUAUUUUAAAGUGGUGAUUAAAAAGCUGCUGCUUUUGUUUCAAUAAAACCAUACCCUUCGGUUC